AUGGAGACGCCUCACCGGGAAAACGAAACCUUUAUGACAAGCACAUCCUUUGUCAUCAUGGAGGCGGAGCAAGUCCGCGCAGUUCCGUCGACGAUUCGAUUGUCGGUUGGCCAGGACAACGUCAUCAACUCGGAGAGUUCGACGAGGUUGCCCAUAAAUUCCCACCGCACGUCGUCGAAGCGUCCGUCAAUCCCUCGAACAUCGAUCGAUAUUAAAUCAACUCCAUUCUCCAGCAGUUAUAAGCGUUCGCGCGCACGGGGAGAAUCCCUCCUCUUUGACGCGCCUUUUCUAUCCGACGAAGAUGCAUCCCAGCUUAUAUUGCAAGCGAAUCGUCCGCCGUGCGAAGAAGGCACGACGCUAGAAGAAACAAUGCAGAGCGUCAAGGCACGACAAUACUACCAACAUCAGUUUGCCAAGAUCCAGGAACAGGCCGGCAUGAAUCCGCGCACUCUUCGAUUUUCACCAGUGUACGAGGAAGCGUACGCAACGUACUGUCAAAAGAGCUCUCUCCUGCGCGUCCGAUUUUGCUUUCUUCUGGGGAUGUGCUCGCUCGGGUUCUUUCUAUGGUACGACACGACCCAGCCGUCGUACAAGGCGACGGCCUCCAUGCCUUUCUGGACGUUUUCAUUCGGCACGGUGUCACGCAAGGCGAUCCUGGACGUCCUCAGCAUUUGCGGACCCAUCACGUUUGGGUCGGGCAUGCUCCUCACGUACUUGAAACGGUUCCAGCGUGGUGUGUGGCUCGAGAUGCUCACGUUUGCCGUGUUUGGCAUUGUCGCCUUGUCGCUCAUCGUGCGAAAGCCCGUGGGACGGUUUCGCGGCCCUGUGCUGCCGCUCGUGCUCCUUCUGAUCCCAGUAUUUGGAAUCACAAAGAUGCGAUUCCAGUGGAGCUGUGUGCUUGGAUGGUCGACCUUUGUCUUGUACUUGAUCGUCCAGCUCGUGUCCAAGAUGUUUCUGGACGCUCAGACGUCCGAGAAGUGGGACUCAGUGUCGGACUUGGUUUAUCAAAGCAUCAACUACGGCAUCAGCAUCAUUGGCGGCAUGGUGUCACACUACCGACAAGAACUGUUGCGCCGGCGGAACUUCGCGCUGCAGCUCCCUUUCGCUGGACUCAUGGAAGAUGACUCGGUCGAGCUGAAAGACGACAAGUUCAAAAAGCGCGCGUUGCUGCGCCCGGUCACGAUGGGGUUUCGCAACCAAGACGUCGAAGGCUUGUUUUACAAGCACUGGUACCUCAUUGAUCCGUUUCCGUUCAAAAAUCCAAAUGAAGCGGGGCUCCAUGCUGGCGUCUUCCGCGUCCUCCGAUUUCCCAUCUACGGUCUCCUCGUCGACCAAGUGAUCCUCGGUGUGCAGGACUACAAACUUCUGUGGCUCCCUGGCCACCCCGCGUCACCGUCAAGCCCGUUCACUGCCAGCGAGUCUGCCUGGGCAUAUUAUGCCAGUCUCACUUGUCGAUACGCGAUCAUCGUGCCGUGCUAUUUGAGCAUCGUUGGGUUGCUCUACUGGAUGGGGCGGGCGUUUUGCAACAUGUGGCUAGCAAAAUCCAACGAAGAAAACAUGGUGGAAGCGGCGAUCUUGGAGGAGGAGCAAACGAAGCGACCCCUUUCUGACGUCGAGCAAGUGUCAGUGCUCGCGAUGAACAUUGAGCGGUGGCGGCAGUGGCGCGAAGAGCGAUGGACUGCCAUGAUCACCGACAACGGCGGGUAUGUUCGAUACGGUCAAUUGUACGCGUCGCUCGUUGUGUCAAUGCACGUCGGGUGUAUUGCAAUGCUCCUUCUGUGGGUCACUCGCACGACGCACAAGAAGCAACACGUCUACUUUAUGGGGUUUCUAAACGCCCUCUUGUUUCCCCACCGAUCGGGGUUUCGCAUCCGAUUCAUUUACGCGACCGUGACGACCGUGUCUCUGGCCAUCAUGUUUAUGAUCGCCUCGGCGUUGGUGUUGGCCUCCGAGACGUCGUCGCCGCUCAAAUUUGUCCUGAGUGGGGACAAGGACCUGCGCAACUUGUGGAUCGAGUACGUCUCGUACAUCGUCGUAGUGCUCCUCUUGGGGAUGUUUGUCUCGCGCGAAGAAGAGAGCUUGCGCCGGACCUUCUUUAUCCUCAAGAGUUUGCGCACCCUCGAGUUCGAGCAGUGGUUCCACACCGUGCUCAAGAUUCAAGGCUGGAUGCGCGACAAACUCAAGGCAAAGCUCCGACAGAUUCGCGUGCGCCAGUCGGAAGUUGUCGGGCGCCAGGGUGACGACGCAACGAAACACCACCACCCGUCCUUCGACGUCGUGGCCGACAUGUCGCCGUACAUGGGCAUGGCGUCCAAAUACGGAAUCUACGCGCAGUCGUUCAAUUUCGCCGCCGUCCUCGUCGACCUCAUCGUGUCGCUCAGUGGCCAUUCCUAA